AACUUUCACAUAUAACAGUUAAACAUCAAUUAAAAUAUGAUAAUCUAAUGGAUAAAUUAGACAAACAAACAAAUGAAACAAUAAAUGGUUUAUCAAACACUUUAGACAAUAAAAUUGUCGACAAAACAAAUGGCAAACGAAAUAAUAAAUAUUUAGAAAUGGCAUUCAUGUCAUGUGUUGCCGGAGCGGGUCUUUUGUUUGGCUUUUCGACGGCUUUGUCCAGCGCUAAGAAAAAAGAUGUCAACGCUUUUGAUAAAGGCAUUUCAAUUGUCCGUACAGUUGGUACCGAAAGUGGCGGUUCAUUAGCAAUGAGAGCACUACUUUGGGGAUCAGUUUACGCGUGCACUGGAUUUGGACUCUUAUGCUUUACUGUCUGGAAAGCAAUCGGUGUCAAUGAUUUACAAGAAUUUCGCCAAAAAGUGGGCACUUAUUUGCCGCGACUGACACCCGAAGUACAUACUAGUCGUACGGAUUUCUCAUCACUUCAAGAUCUAUUGCAAUACAUCAUCGAUGAGGAUAAUAGCAAACAACGAUCAGACAAAAAUGUUGAA